AUGGAUAUUAUUUUCAUUAUUUGCUCCCUUUUGUUUAUUUUUGCUCUUAUUUUUCAUUAUACCUCUUAUUCCGAAGAAAACAAUGCAACUGGUUAUGAUGAUUCAAUAUUGGUUAUUGAAGUGUUUGACGACGAUGAAGAGGAGUCCAAAUAUGAAUUGAAAGAAAGUAUCAUAAUUACUCUCCAACGACUCAUGAAAAAUUUAGAUAAAUUAAAACAAUUAAAUGAACAAAUAUAUGAAUUGAAAGAAAGUAUCAUAAAUGUUCUCCAACAACUCAUGAAAAAUUUAGAUAAAUUAAAACAAGUAAAUGAACAAAUAUAUGAACUGAAAGAAAGUAUCAUAAAUACUUUCCAACGACUCAUGAAAAAUUUAAAUAAAGAAAAGCAAGAAAAUGAACAGAUUAGAAUCCUUGAACAAGAAAAUAAACGUCUUAUACAAGAAAUUCAACGAAUCAAAAAUGAAAUGAAUAACAAUAUCAAUGCUCAUCAAAAGCAAAUUUACCAAAUGGAGUAUGCUAGAUUGCAAUUUAAAGAAGUACUUCAGAAUGAAAGGACACGGAACGAAGAAUUAGAUCAUGUAGUCACGAAAAUUGAUGCAGCGCCACUUCAUGGACCAAUCAGUAUUGCGCAAACAGAUUGGUUAUAUGAAGUGGUGCUACAUCAAUUUUCGUGA